UUAAAUUUAGGAUAAGUUUCCUAUGAGUAAAAUACAAAUAAUAAGAUAAGAUAAUUGUAAUUUUGGUGUCAGGUCUACCGCGCGCAAGGGAGAUCGGAUCCUUUGUGGGUGGUAAAUCGGGGUCUAUAUAAAGCGCAGGAGCAUCAAGAGCCACAUCAGUUCGAGUUCAACUUUGUACCCGAUUUUGCCCGAACCAAUAAUUCAAAAUAAUUAAUAAGAUAGUCCAAAAUAUGGAAUAAAAUUAAAUUAGAAAAAUAAAGAACAUAAAAAAAUGGUCAACAGCCCUCACGAUUCUGUCACGGAUGGCAAGUCAAUUAAUUAUGCAUGAUCGUAUAUGGAUUGCAAAAUUUUAGAAUUCGUUGUCCCUGUACACGUUCCAUUUGUAUUUAAUUAUUUCAUCGUUUUUAUACAUUAUUUUUUAACUUUUUUGUUAUUUGUCUGCUGACUCCGUCAUGGUUAAAAAUAUCGCAACUGAAUAAUACCGACAAAAUAGUAGAAAAACUGGUUAUACGAAAUAUUAUCGCGUAUUACAUUAUUUGUUACAACGCAUCUUGAUAUUCCACUUCUAUAAUUAUUUAAUAGUUGCAGUUCAUCUUUUUCUUAAUCGCAGAAUAUUUGAACUUCAGAUUCCUGAUUUAUGUCGCGUGGACUGUUGAAAUUUUAUUUUUAUAAUCGCACAUGUAUUAUUUUUCAAAGUAAUCAUAUGUGGAACAUGAAAAAGAAAAAUAAAAAUGAAAUUUCUGAUAAAACGAAUGCAAGAUUCUGUAAAUAGGUGCACUUGUAUGUAUGUCGCAAGACGAUAUAUUGAGAAGCCUCUCGAUAUCAAUGAAAAUAUCUAUUUUCCUUUUUCUUUUUUAGUCUUUUUGUUAUACAAUUUCUUUGGUAUUCGUUGCGUUAACAUUUUCAAUGAUACAUCAUAUGCAAAUGGGAUCGCUGUGCGAAUAAUAUGAAGAAUUGGAAGAAAGAAAACCUCCGGGUGAAAAUGGUCAACUUCAAGGGCUGCUUUAGAAGAACGUUGAUCGUGACCCAUGGAAAAAUAAAUAUCAUUCAAGGACGAUACGUGCGAUUUUGAAAUUCGUCCAGUGACCUUUGAAUUCUACGUAAAAUAUAACAACUAAAAACUGAAAUUAUCUAAACGAAAAAAAACCCGAAAAUUCUCGAAAAAAAAAAACCAUUUUAGGUGGCAAGAAAUCAAAUUACUAUCUGGAAAAAUGUUCCUGAACGCGAUUAGCAGGCGGUUUGUUAAAUCUGGUAUAUCACCAGGGUGCAGCAUGACCAUUGAAAUAACAGCUUGGAUUUGGAUCGUUUAUAUGGUAACGACAGUCGUUACAGCUCAAAACUUUUACACGAACGGACGUUACGGAAAACGGCAAGAUCCCGGGCAAGGUUUCUCAUUUUGGUCGGGAAGCAGGUAUGGACGUAGCGGUGGUGCGGUGCCAAAUGAUUUACCGAAGAACGACGCCGAUGACGAAACGUCGGUUAAAGACGUUGAGGUAUCGCCUCGCAUAGAUAGAUUCUUUUUGGGAAGUCGUUACGGUAAACGAACAUUUUCGAACGAUCAAAGGACCGACUCGCUGAAACAUUUUGAAACUUCGUUAGAUUUUCUAAUAUCUGUUGACCAUCAAACAACCGAAAAAGAACAACUCGAAGUCCUCACCCAGGAGCUGAAAAACAACGAAAACUUUGUCACGCUCAGAUCCACGCCAGAGAAUCGCUCAACACUUGUUAAAAAUGAAGGAUCUAAACAAGGAUUUGCCUGUCUCUAUACCGGAGUCACGAACCUUUAUCGCUGUUUCCGCAGAAGAACCAACGGAACCCAAGAAUUGAUGAACUAAAGCCACCCGCUGUAGAAGAUUGGAGAUUCCCUCGGACUAAUUUUUGCUUGUGAUAUAAGUUAUAAAAUGUAUACUGAGUUCGCACAAAUGUUUUUUUUUUUUUCAUGUCUUAGAAGCGCGUUUAAGUAUAUCGCAGCUAAUUC